CUGCGGUUUUCAGGCGGUCCGGGUGGUGACGCUGUUUCAGACGCAACAAAGUUUCUGGCCACUGUCGUGUAACGCCAUAUCUAUAGUUGCGAAAUAAACAUGCAGUUUUGAAGAAGGGACGCAGCGCCUGUGAAUCUGAACGCCAUGCUGCUGCUGCUGCUUCAUCUGGUCACUGCAUUAGCGACGCUGCUGUGUGUCGGGGAGGGUUACACCAUCAGAAGCGCGGUCUCGUGGGCUGUCACCAGUGAUGUGGUGGAGGAAGAGCUGGACACGCUCUCGGACGAGGCGCCCGCUGUGCUCGUCGAUAAUAUCGGCAUCUGGAAACAAGCCUAUCCGUCCUCCGUGUACCGGGACGCUUCAGAGAAGAAACCCGACCAGAUGUCGAAAGGCGAGGAUGUGUCAUCCGCGUCCCGUGUGUUUUCGUACCGGAUGGAGGAGGUGAAGGUGCCGUCCAGCAUCCCUACACCUCCACCUCACGAGGAGGCGGCGAGAGUCGCGCGAUACAUGGCGCACUAUAGCGACUGGGGUCACCUGGCCACCAUCUCCACGCAGGAGCAGAUUAAAGGCCUUCCAUUCGGAAACAUUUUCUCUGUAAGCGACGGUCCAGCUGACAACAGCACUGGCAUUCCUUAUUUUUAUGUGACACCGAUGGACAACACUGUAACGGAUCUUCGCAGCUUCCCUUUUGCCUCCUUGACAUUUUCAGAGGCAGAGGGAGAUUUCUGCAGGAAGCAGGUUUAUGACCCUGAGGACCCCAGGUGUGCUAGACUCACUUUAACUGGUAAAAUGGUGGAGGUGGGACCAGAAGAGCUUGACUUUGCCAAAGAGGCUGUGUUCUCCAGGCAUCCUGUCAUGAAGAAGUGGCCCCCUGGACAUGAUUGGUUUUUCAUGAAGCUGGUUUUGCAGCAGGUUUGGCUGCAGGACUGGGUUGGAGGAGUCUCUGUCAUCCCGCUUGAGGAGUAUUUCAAAGCAACACCUUUCUGAGAAAAAAGAGCAACGCUCUUUAAUGAAAACGGUACGAGCAGAAUUGAACUGAUUGUACAGAAGAUGGUUUUGUUUUUGUUACUUUCAACUAGUGGUUUUUGCCCUGGCCAUGAUGCCGGUUCAGUGCCUCUGAACAUAUUCCUGCGGAUUUAUUGAAUGUAUAAAUUAUGUUCAAGGCAGCCUAACAUUAUCUAUAGAACAAUUUCGCAGUUCCAUAAGGUUGAAGACCUUUAUCACAAAUAGACUGUGUAGACACUGUAUUGAAACGAAAGCUAUUAAUUCAUUAUAAAUAAACAAAUCACUCAUACUAAAUAAAUCUACCACAGGCCUUCACGAAAGAAAACUCAUUUCUCUACUAAAUACUUUAGUACACAAAGAAAAGGUUCAUACUAAAUAGUUUUUGAAAAGGUUUAUACUAAGUAGUUUUUGCCUGUUUUCUCUGAAACCCACUUUACUGUAUAUGCUUGUACAGGUAGGUCUGACAUUUCAUUAACAGCCGAAAUGUGGAAUACAAGUUGUGUGUGUGUGUGCAAAAGAGAGAGUUUUUCGUUGGUAUUUAUGGUAUCUAAUGCUUUUCAAGUUCAGUUUCAGGUCUGCAUUUACUCCUCAAGGACAAUGACUUGGUACAGUACAUGUACUCGUAUGUUACACUGCAUAACACAUGUAAUUCACACCUUAAUGAAAUAUCUCAAAUGUCUGUUUGUGCCUUGCAUUACCUCUUCACAAUGAUAUUGAUGUGCUGCACAAAUAAAAUAAGAAAUAUGUUGAAAAUA